GAUAGAUCUCCAGUGUUUGCUCAGCAGGGCACGUGCAUGUGCUGGAGACUCACAUUCAUGCGCGCGGAGGCGUCACACAUCAUCCAAGAGCUCACCGAGUCGAAGUAUCUUCCGGGAAUCUGCGGAUUAUAUCGAGGCACAUCUGAAGAGCUUUAGAGAUGGAGGAAACCCACUCGACCCCAGCCAAUGAGAAGUCUUGCCAGACGGAUGACAUCACAGGUGAGGCCGUUGUGCCCGGGCCUGACCAUGCGAGCAAGACGCUAGUUUAUUCCACAGAACCUGGAGAUCCUGCUCUGCUACAAACACAGCUGCUCACAUCCAAAUCUGGCAUCCAUCAGAUCAUUGAAUGUUUCCGGACAGGCACUGCACAGCUCAAACACAUUCUCCUAAAAGAGGUGGACACAAUCUUUGAGUGCAAACUCUGCCGCAGUCUCUUCCGUGGCCUUCCCAAUCUCAUCAAGCACAAGGAGAUCUAUUGUUUCACUCGAAUGCCUGAACCUGAUGACCCCUCUGGAGAUGACAAAAAAAGCAUGCAAGAACUUAUUGAAGCCAUCUAUUCCUGCUCAGAUAAAGAGGAAUACGUCCUGAAAUUUGAGCCCAUUGCCAGCAACCAGAAUGCCGUGUACCAGUACCUGUCGAGAGAAGAUGACCUGCCGCCUUCAUCCCAGAGUCCCAACCACACGAGCACAGAGAGCUGGAGACACGACCCCUCCGACACAGAGGAGGUCCGGUUAGAUGAAGCGGAGAAGAAUUGCAUUGAGGACGCAGAUGAAGGAGAGAACAUGGACAAAAGAGAGGAAAACAUGGAGCAUCAGGAUGAGCCAAUGGAAGAAGACUCGGACUCCUGCAGAUGCCUCCUCUGCAAUAGGACAUACAAGGUUCGAGGUCACCUUAAGAGACACCUGCAAACUGUUCACAAGAUUAUAUCCUCCGGUUCCUCAACCAGCUCCACUGAUCCCACGUCCGAAUCCAAGAAAAUGGUCAACGGGAAAGCUCCAGACAGUCCCGGCUCCUCCUGCAACUCCCAGAGCCCUAAAGAGGACAAGGUGCCGUCCAAAGCCGGGAUCUCCGUGGGCUUUGACUUCGAGUCGCGCUUCUGCAAGCUCUGCAAACGUUCAUUCAGCUCCGUGCAAAACCUGGAGAAACACAUCGAGCUGCACACGGACAACGGCACGGACUUCUUUGUCAAGUUUUACAGCUGUCCGCUCUGCCGUUACAAGACACGCCGCAAAAGAGACGUGCUUCGCCAUCUCUCGGACUUUCACAAGAAGAAGUCCUCCUACAUUUGCCGGAUCUCGUCGUCGCUGGAGAGCCACGCCGUCAAGAAGCCGGCGGAGGUCGUGUUGAACAAAGAAGACGUGAAAGAUCAAGGUCAAGAAGAAGUGAAAGUCCACCCCAACCACACUUCACCAUAUCCGACACGCAGGAACCUGAAAGCACCUGGCGUAAUGCGCAAGACCUUGAAGACUACUGGGAAAGGAACCAGUAGCAAAAAAGGGAAGGCCAGUAGCCCAAAAGCGAGUGUGAAUAAGAAGUCUCUGCACGUGUGCAACACCUGUGGACAGAGCUUUAAAAAGGCAAGGUACCUAGGGUUACACAAGAGAAGCCAUCUAAAGACCACCGCGAGGAGCGCAGGGAUCAGAACAAGAUCGAAGGUCAUGCUUUGACGUUUUCUGGCAGCGAUCUGGACUUCUGGCAGCGACGGUGGAAGGACGUACUGGACAGUGAAAGUGACAAAGAAAAGCCCAG